CUGAAUUUCUUGUACAUCUCUCAAGGCUUUUACAAUGAUCCACUGUACACCAAUGAUGGAAGGAAGUUUCUAUUGAUGAGGUCACUGUUCGAGCUUGUCUUGGCCAAUGAAUAUCUGGAGCUCACAGAUCCAAAGUUGCUUGGAUGGUUCCUAUGUUUAACAGCAGAGGACAGAACCUUAAUUAAAAAAGAGGGAGGGCUUCUGCCAUUUUUACAGAAACACCCGGCACUUCAAGUAGACAGACAGUAUGUUUAUGUGAAAUCAAAAACCAGAGGAAACUGCAUUUCCCCUCCAACAACUAUGUCAUCAAAUAA